UGUUAAAAAAAUUGUACCAAAUUUGAACACGGAAUCCAGAAUAAAAUUAUUGUGACGCAAGGCUAGAGUUGAAACUUGAAAUAGAAAAAAAAGAUGAAGCCCUGAGACCGGCCACAGAGGAAGGGAAAGGGAGUGGUCGAAAAGGGAGAGCCACUUAAAUUCCUAAUCCCUAAUAUCCUCUAUCUUUCUCUUCAUAUCCUUCUUCAAAUUUUAAAACCUUUUUUUUUUUUUAAUCGAUUGAGAAUUGGGAAAAAAAUUGAGGAAAUGAGCAGCCAAGCGGUGCCUCCACCGCCCGCAUCCCGGCGGAAUUCUCAUAAAAGAGGACCCUCCGCCCCUAAGAAGUCUCACACCUCUGACAAUGCCAAGCCCACUUCUCCUUCUUCCAUUGGCGAUGAGAGGACAGUGAAGAAGCUGCGGUUGUCCAAAGCCCUCACUAUCCCGGAGGGAACCAAUGUGUCUGAGGCUUGUAGGCGGAUGGCAGCUCGUCGUGUGGAUGCUGUGUUGCUCACCGAUGCCAAUGCCUUGCUCUCUGGGAUCCUUACUGACAAGGACAUUGCCACUAGAGUUAUAGCAGAAGGGUUGAGGCCGGAGCAGACUGUUGUAUCCAAGAUCAUGACGCGUAGUCCAAUAUUUGUUACAUCUGACUCUUUGGCCAUCGAGGCACUCCAGAAGAUGGUUCAAGGAAAAUUCAGGCAUCUCCCUGUUGUGGAAAAUGGUGAAGUCAUUGCUUUGCUGGAUAUUACAAAAUGCCUUUAUGAUGCUAUCUCUAGAAUGGAGAAGGCUGCUGAGCAAGGAAGUGCAAUUGCUGCUGCAGUGGAAGGGGUUGAACGCCAGUGGGGAAGCAAUUUUUCUGCGCCAUAUGCCUUCAUAGAAACUUUGAGGGAGCGGAUGUUCAAGCCGUCCUUGUCAACUAUCAUUGCUGAAAAUUCAAAGGUUGCAAUUGUUUCAUCAUCAGAUCCUGUUUGUGUUGCUGCAAAAAAGAUGCGGGAGUUGCAGGUUAAUUCUGUUGUUAUGGUGACGGGGAACAAAAUUCAGGGGAUACUAACUUCAAAAGAUAUCCUUAUGCGAGUUGUGGCACAAAAUCUAUCUCCUGAGCUAACUCCGGUGGAAAAGGUGAUGACACCAAAUCCUGAAUGUGUGACAGUAGAAACAACAAUCCUUGAUGCACUGCAUGUAAUGCAUGAUGGGAAGUUUUUACACCUUCCUGUUCUCGAAAAAGAGGGAACUGUUGCUGCUUGUCUAGAUGUUCUGCAGAUUACUCAUGCAGCAAUUUCUAUGGUGGAAAGUAGCUCUGGAGCUGUUAAUGAAAUGGCAAACACAAUGAUGCAAAAAUUCUGGGACUCUGCCCUUGCAUUAGAGCCGCCAGAUGGUUAUGACACACAGAGUGAAAUUUCUGCAAUCAUGGCAUCAGAUGGGGCAGAUAAUGGAAAGCUAUCAUCCUAUCCUUCCCUUGGCCUUGGGAACUCAUUUUCUUUCAAAUUUGAGGAUCUUAAGGGUCGUAUACAUCGAUUCAAUUGUGGUACUGAGAAUUUAGAUGAGCUUUUAUCAGCUGUAAUGCAAAGAAUUGCUUCCGGUAAUCAUAGUCGUCCUCAGCUUUUGUAUGAAGAUGAUGAAGGUGAUAAGGUUUUACUCACCACUGAUGGUGAUCUUAUUGGUGCUGUGACCCAUGCUCGAUCUCUAGGACUGAAGGUUUUAAGAUUGCAUCUGGAUUUUUCUGAUUCUGGUCAGCAGAUAAUAUCACAAUCAACUGUAACUGCCAAGAGAACUCAAAGGGUCUCUUUUUACACUGGUUUAUUGGCAGGAGCAAUUGUUCUAACCAGCAUUGGUGUGCUUUUCCACUUAAAACGCUCAAAAUUGUGAGGUUGUGCUGAUUUAUCCAAGAAAAAGAACAUAUCAUAAAUCACAACAUUGAUUAUUUAAUUAGGCAAGGAAACAGGGAGUUUAGAGACUAAUUAAGUUCAAGUCACUGAUUGAGCUGAAGAGCUUUUUUGUUUGGACGAGAAGAUUGACCUUAAAACGGUUGGAGCUGCUGUUGAUGUCCGGUGUCAGGUGUGAUACUUGAAACUAAUUUCAAUACAGUAUCUGCAGAAUUCAUUUUGUUCCACAUGUAACUCAAUCUAUACCCUCCCAUAUGAACACAUGAGGGUCAACAAUUGUAUGCAAGUAUUUUGUAAACUAUUUUGGUAUGCAUACUCUAUUCUUUCAAUGACUCAAUGCAGUGUUGCGUUUCUCAUUAAGCUCAUAUAUGCGAAUGUUUAGCAAUUUUAUGAAGACUUACUGGCCUUCCACAGCAUUUUGGGACCAGGUCUUUGGUAUUUUACUGCAAACUACUUGGAUUGAUCGGGACAAUCUUGCCCAGGAGGAGCACAACUUUUUUUCAACUUUAGGGUUGCCAUUGUUUAUGGAUGAAAGCUUGAAUUAGGAUGUGUUUUUGACUUUUGAGGAAGCAUAAAUGAACUGUUCGGUUAAAUGUGGUUCAUACCGGAUACGUUUACAAGUUAAUAAAAUUUAGUUACCGUAAUUAUGGUACAGAGCUCAUUGGUUUAUCAUUUUUUGACAUUUAAACAAUG